AUGGUCAACGAUAAGCAUCCAAAAGAUAAAGUUGUCUCUGCAGAUGAAAGCAAAGUCAUCUAUGGAAACAUUCCCCCGAAUUUGGUAAAUUUAUAAUUAUUUUAUUUAUAACUAAAAGUAUUUAGGUAUUGCCAUACCCUUGUGGACCUAUUUUCCCUGGUGCGUUGGCUGCUGACUUCGUUGAUUGCGAAGAAGAAACGUUGGAGCCAUUAUCUAACCUUUUUAAUGUUGAACAUCUUUCUGAAUGCACAAAUCCUGAACUGUUUAAAUACCCGGUAACUCAAAUACUUUAUCAAUUUUUUUAUCUUAAAUAUGUGGUUUUCAUAUAAUACGUUCCAUUCUUUAGAUAACAGGAAUUGUGGACGGAGUCGGCGGUCGCUUUGUGAUACCACUCAAAGUCCGAGCUGUUAACAAUUCGCAAAACUUCGUUGUCUACUUCGUUCUUGAUUCCGGAGCACCUUUGAUAAGUUUCAGCAAAAGGACGGCUGAUAAGAUAUUUGGAGACAAAAUGUGUAAUAGGGCAAUUGUUCAAGGUUUGUUAUUCAAGAGGUGAAAAAUUAUAAAAACUGAUUUAUUUUAGACAUACAUGUUACUUGCCGUUUAUCCGGAAGCUUUAAUGACGCGAUGAAGAAUGUCAAUCUGCUCGGAAGCCAAUUUUUGCUGAAGUCUAACACUUCUAUAAUCAUCUCUCCAAAUGAAUUCGAUUAUCUUUCUUAUAAGAUGAGAAUUUUCUAUUUAACAACAUUUUCCACGAUUGGUCAAGUUCAAACAAUGGCCGCUUCCCGCCACCAAGAUCCGGAUAUAACCAAAAAAUUGGAGGUUCAUUCCGUCAGUAAACUUUCGAGUUCAGACCCAGAUCAUUCUCAUAAGGACAAAGUCGAAAAAGGUCGCCAAAAGAAAUAAGAAAAAGAUGAGACGACUGGGUAAUAAUUGAAUUCUACUUUUUUAGACCCGUUUUAUUUCAGAAAAGCGGCAGGACAACCUGACUGACAUGUUCACCAACUUGGGAGGGGACCAACUCGACGUUAAGAUGGAGGACUGA